GGGACACAAAUUGAUUCUCAUACCAUCACAGAAGAAGCGGUAAGCUUCUUGUGCGUGCUUCAACAUGAAAUCAGAAAUGGAAUCGGAAGUGUUCUUUUCGUCGCCGGAGCAAUUUUUGGCAAUUAUGUACGAUUUGGAGGAAGCAAAUUUGCGCCUGAUGAGAAACUAUCAGGAAACACAAGAAGGCAUUGACUGGCUGAAAAACUUGGCUGCAGAGACGAAACAACGAAUUGAAACUGAUAACUCGGUUCUGGCCAAGCAGCAGCGAUCGCUCCAGGCUGAAGUUGAAUCGGAAAACGAGAAGUCCAAAGAACUGUCAUUUAGGGAAGGUGUCUUCGAGUUCGCAGGCCUGGACAAAACGGAACAAGAAGAGUUUCUGAAACUUCUACAUGAGCAAAUCAGUCACGUCUAUCAUCUAUGUGUGCAGAAAUCAGAUGCGCCCCUAAGUUCAGUUCAACUGCUCACUGACAUCGAGGUGAAGAUGAUAAAUCUAAUACAGGAAAUCCGAAAGUUACCAGAAGACCAUGUGAAACAGGCACUGAGAGCCCAAGAGAAAGUGCAUCGAAUGGAAGUGAAGGAGGAACGGAAACGGGAACAACGCCAGCAUCAGGAAGAACGAAUCCGUAAGGCUGUGGAACGAGCCAAAGCUGAACCCAAGAAAAGAACCGGAAGACCAGUGAUGACACGUUCUGAGCCUCCGAGGACAGAGAGCAAGGAUACCAAGGAUCCCGGUGCUUUAUCAGAACAGGAAGAAGAAUUAGAAUUCCUCUUUGGAUAAAGAUGUCAGCUGAAUCUAGGAAUAAAUUGCACAACUCGGCGUAACGCCCACUGGAUCGAGAAUGUAGCACCUGUUACCAAUAGACACUGUGUGAGCCAGAAUGGUGGACGAGAUUCCGUGACACAAUGCUUGCGCCCACAUGGACUCAAGUGAAUCGUCAGAGCAUGGCAUCGAAUAAUGAAAUGGGCGUAUUCCAUUGGUUGUCAAACUUUUUUUAAAAUCUACAGAGUACUUUGGUACAUGAACAGGUAACUCACAGGGGCAAUCAUGUAAUCAGAAUAGAAAGUACAAAUUCGUUCGCAUCGAUACGGUUAUCACAUUGCUAUCAUGGGAUGAAAUGAAGAGUCUUGGGGCG